AUGCCGACGCGCUCUCGCCAGCCUGCUGAGGUCGCCGAGCCCGACGAGGGGCUUCGCAGUCUCGCCUUCAACCAGCCGCUGUCAUGGCGCGUGGGCCGCGCCGCCAUCCCCAUCGCCGACCUGCUGGAACGCCUGCAGACCCUCGCUCAGGAACUGCGCAAACUCGAACAGGAGGAAGUCGACAAGGAUUCGCUGCGGAAAGUCUCCCAGGAACUGGCCAGCGGACACCUGCUCGCUCACAAGGAUAAGGGCGUGCGGGCGUGGGCCACCCAUUGCAUCGUCGAUGUCUUGCGACUAUGCGCGCCCGACGCGCCGUUUACGGCAAACCAGCUCAAGGAUAUCUUUACGUGUAUCGUCACUUCGAUCAUCCCCGCCCUGGCCGAUCCAUCCAAUGCCUACAACGCGCAACACAGUUAUGUUCUCAACUCACUCGCCGAAGUGAAGAGUGUGGUUCUCAUGACCGAUCUCGAUCACCCGGAUUCUCUGAUCGUCCCGCUGUUCACGGGCUGCUUCGACAUCGUCUCGGGAUCCUCAAAGGCCUCGACCGGCGAGGAGGUGGCCAAGGGGGUCGAGUUCGAUAUGACUCGAUUGUUGGUGACGGUUAUUGAUGAAACUCCAGUCCUUGCUCCAGAGGUCGUGGAUACCAUUGUGGCACAGUUCUUGCGCGUGGAUCCUCGGGUGCUUGAAAGCACCAACAAGAAAGGAAAACGACCAGAUGCCCCGCUUGACACCAAACAAGCCACGCUUUUGCUGAAGGACUACCCGCCGGCAUACAAUAUGGCCAAGGCUAUCUGCCAAGCCUGUCCAGAACGAAUGACGAGCCAUAUUAGCCAAUAUUUCAACAACGUGAUCAUCGAUGCGUCCGUGUCAGCCGGUCAAACAAACGGUACCAAGCACGGCGCUAAGAAACCGAGUCUGGACGACUCCGACGAAGAAGGUGAAGACAUUAAAGAAUUGAGCAAGGCACACCGUCUGAUCCGUGAGCUGUGGCGGGCGUGCCCAGAGGUGCUGCAGAAUGUGAUCCCUCAAGUGGAAGCGGAGAUGUCUGCGGAAUCAGUGGCCCUGCGCCUGUUGGCUACGCAGACUAUCGGAGACCUCGCUGCGGGCAUCGGUGUUGCGGGACCUCCUCCGCCGCCGCCAAUGGAUCCUGCGGCAUAUCCGCCAAUAACCCUGGUGGAAUACGCGCAAACCAUCCCUCAGCCAAAUGUUCUACUGACUCCCGUGUCCAUAAAACCCUUUUCUCAAGCCCACACCUCGGCAUACGAAGCGUUCCUCAGCCGACGCCUCGACAAGACACCGUCGGUCCGCGCCGCUUGGGUGACUGCCGUGGGACGAAUCCUGUUCACCUCAGCGGGAGGAUCUGGUCUGAGUGAGAGUGAAGAACAAGGGCUUGUACGAAGCCUCGCUUCCAUGCUACGGGACGCGGAUGAACGGGUUCGUGUCGCUGCGGUAGACACAGUUGGCAAGUUCGGUCUGAACCAUAUCGUUCACAAGCUCGGCGUGGAUGGGGGUUGUUCUUCUCCAGAUUCGGUGCUUGCCAUUCUCGCUGAAAGAGUCAAGGACCGCAAGCCGCAGGUACGUGAGCAUGCGAUGAAAAUCCUUGCUCGAAUGUGGGCUGUGGCCGCUGGAGACAUUGAGCAAAAUACGGAACCAGUGGUGUCAGUCCUGAAGGAUGCCCCAUCCAAGAUUUUCGAUGCCUAUUACACCAACGACCAAGAAAUUCAGUUGUUGAUCGACCGUGUUCUGUUUGAAACUCUUCUGCCCUUGAACUAUCCUCCCGUCAAGUCGAAGCCAUCACGAGGAGGCUCAAAUCAGUCACAAAAGCAGAAGGAAAGCCAAACUUCCGAAGUUGAUCAGGAUAUCGAUAUCGACAAGAUUCGCGUUCGCCGAAUACUCACGCUCUUGCGGGGCCUGGACGAGAAGGCCCGACGAGUCUUCUUCGUCAUGCUGAACCGACAACUGAACAUGAGGCAGGGUACGACGAUCUAUCUGGACGCUUGUGAGAAGUACAAUGGUGGUGUGAUCGACAAGGACGGGGAGCAGGUCAAAGCUCAGCUUGGAAGGGUUGUAGACGGGCUUUCAAAGACAUUCCCUGAUGCUUCACGCGCAUCUGCGGACUUGUGGAAGUUUGCCAAGGUGCAUGAUCGACGCAGCUAUCAGCUUGUCCGCUUCUCCAUGUCCGCCGUGAGUGAUUAUCGCACCGUGAUCAAGGCCAUCAGAGAACUCCAACGGCGAAUGCAAAGUGCCAACAAUUCACCAUUGCUCGAGACCUUGACUCCCCUUCUGUAUCGCUCUGGGUCUCUAAUCUUCAACCGAAGUCACAUCCCAGCAGUCAUGAGUCUCUCUCGCACAAACGAAAACGGGCUGGCCAAUCCGGCACAAGAAAUGCUGAAGGAGAUCUCGUCUCAAACCCCAGAAGUUCUAGAGGCGCAGGUCCAGGAAAUGUGCAAGGAUCUUGAAGCAGAUGCCCCCAACGCUUCCUCGGCCGGAGAAACUGGUACGGAGGAAAUCCUCAAGGCCUGCGCAGGCUUCGCGAAGAAGCUCCCGGCAAAGCUUCCAAAGGAGCGCAAGUUUUUCCAGGCGUUAACCAACUACGCUCUGUACAGCUCCUCACCACAUGCUGCGAAGCAUGCUGUGUCAAUCCUGAUAGCCACUGCCGACCGGAAAGAGAUGUAUGCCAAGGAUCUUGUGCAAAAGUGUGUUAAGAAGUGGACAUAUGGAUCCGACCGGUUCCUCACCCGCCUGGCUGCUUUGUCGCAGUUGAGCCUUCUGGCGCCGAGGCAAGCAGAUGAGGAAAGCGAUGCCAUCGUUUCUAUUUCUGUCAAUCAGAUUCUUCUCAAGAAUCGUGCUCCUGAAGCAGAUGCUGGAUAUAGCUGGCCUGACACUGUGGACGAGGAGACGAGCGCCAAGGAGUGGGCACUCAAGAUUGUCGUGAACCGUCUCCGAGCCAAGGGAGGCUCGGAUGAUGAAGCAGACUUCCGAGCUCAUGCAGACCCAGUGUACAGCACCUUGAACAAGCUGAUCGCUGGCGAAGGCGAACUGUCCAAGAAGAAAGACACACCAGCAGGUCAAAAAGCACGGCUACGUCUCCUUGCUGCCAAGUCCUUAGUCAAGCUUUGUGCCACAGUCAGUGUCUGCGACCGCUUGCUGACUGCAAAGGACUUCAACUCGGUCGCUUUGAUGGCUCAAGACCCGCUGCUCCCGGUGCGAAGCGAGUUCGUCAACAACCUCAAGAAGAAGCUGGUGCAGAAUUCAUACCUCAGCAAACGCUGGUAUAUUGUCCCGUGUCUUCUAGCCUUCGAGCCAAGUCAUGGCUUCAAGGAAAGCACCCUCACCUGGCUCAGGUCUCGUGCAGCAAAUUUCACACAGCAGGCCCAAGUCAGCGGAAAGCGGACGGAGCAUACGAUGGUCAUGGAGCUCAUCUUUCCCCGCCUCCUUUCUCUACUCGCUUACCACCCAGACUAUCCGUCUGAAGGCUUGGACGAGUCGACCAAGCUCGGCGACUUGUGCGACUUCUCACGAUACAUCCUCUUCUAUCUCCUGGCUGUGGCUAACGAGCACAACAUGUCCCUCAUCUUCCACAUGGCCCAACGCGUCAAACAAUUCCGUGACGGCAUCACUAAAUCCGACGAAAUCUCUACCCGCCUCCACACACUGUCUGACCUCGCCCAGGCAACCAUUCGCCGCUUCGCAGAUAUCUAUUCCCAACAGCACAAGUUCGGCGGUGGUGCCGGCGGCACCAACAUUCUGCAGACCUACCCGGGCAAGAUGGGUGUUCCCAGCGCUCUCUUUGUCCCGAUGCCAACCCACCGCGAAGCCCAGGAUGUGGCCGACAAGAACUUUUUGCCGGAUGAGAUGGACGACAUGCUGGAUCGCGUUGUUCGCAAUGCCCUGAAAUCUAGCUCUCACGGUGGCCAACCCAAGAAGCGGAAGCCUGAGUCUCUGGACGCGAACGGCAACGCAAAGAAGCCGCGCCGAGACAAGGACAAGUCUGCUCGUCCACCCCGCAAGUCCACUUCGUCGGUUGGUACAUCAUCAAAGCCUGCCCGGCGCAAGCGCAAGGAUGAAGACCACUGGUCCUCCGACGGCGGUGCGGGUGAUGCUCUCCCCUCCUCUGCCCGUCGACGCAGCGGCCGAGGUACUGGAAGGAAGUCUGUCAGCUACGCGGACAAGGAUAGCGAUGACGAUGACCAGGAAAUGCAGCAAUGGGAUGAGGGCGACGAAGUGGAUGACCAUGAUAAUGACGAGGAAAACGAGGAUGAAGAUGAAGAGAUGCAAGAUGGAGGCGCUGAGCAAGAUGGGUCUCAGGCUGGUGCGGACAGUGAGAAGGAGAACUCACCUGCCCCUGCUUCGAAGCGAGCAAUCAAGAAAAAAGAAACGAAGGUUCAAAAGCCCAUUCAGACUACCUUGCCCACGCGCCGGUCCUCGCGGAGAGGAUAA